AUGGCAGGACAACUAGGAGUGCUUAAUGCACUCGAUGUCGCAAAGACACAAAUGUACCAUUUCACAGCAAUUGUGAUUGCUGGAAUGGGUUUUUUCACUGAUGCUUAUGAUCUCUUCUGCAUUUCUCUUGUUACAAAGUUGUUAGGAAGAAUCUAUUACACAGAUUACACCAAACCGAAACCAGGUGUGCUUCCUCCCGGUGUUCAAGCCGGUGUAACCGGUGUCGCACUAUGCGGGACAUUAGCAGGCCAACUAUUCUUCGGUUGGCUGGGUGACAAACUCGGAAGGAAAAAAGUUUAUGGAAUGACCCUUAUGCUUAUGGUAGGUUGUUCACUUGCCUCAGGACUUUCCUUUGGAAGUAGUCCAAAGAGUGUUAUGGCAUCACUUUGUUUCUUUAGGUUUUGGCUUGGUUUUGGAAUUGGUGGUGAUUACCCUCUUUCAGCUACAAUUAUGUCUGAGUAUGCUAACAAAAAGACGCGAGGCGCGUUCAUCGCUGCGGUGUUUGCUAUGCAGGGAUUCGGAAUCAUGGCUGGUGGAAUAUUUGCAUUGAUUGUAGCUACUGCUUUUGAUCACAAAUAUAAAGUUCCUACUUAUGAAGAAAACGCGGAAGCCUCGCUUGUGUUGCCGGCUUUUGAUUAUGUUUGGCGUUUGAUUUUAAUGUUUGGUGCAGUUCCAGCAGCACUUACCUAUUACUGGCGUAUGAAGAUGCCCGAGACGGCUCGUUACACAGCGCUUGUUGCUAAGAACGCGAAACAAGCUGCUUCUGAUAUGUCGAAGGUGUUACAAGUUGAACUUCAAGCUGAAGAGGAAAAGGUGCAGCAGAUAGUUGAGAACAAAAGCCAAAAGUUUGGCCUAUUUAGCAAGGAAUUCGCCAAGCGACACGGAAUGCACUUGUUGGGAACAACAUCUACUUGGUUCUUGUUGGACAUUGCUUUCUAUAGUCAGAAUCUUUUCCAAAAAGACAUUUUCACUGCCAUUGGAUGGAUCCCUCCGGCGAAAGAAAUGAAUGCAAUUCACGAACUUUAUAGGAUCGCAAGAGCGCAGACACUUAUAGCAAUGUGCAGUACAGUUCCCGGUUACUGGUUCACCGUUGCGUUCAUCGAUUACAUGGGUCGAUUCGCAAUCCAGCUGAUGGGUUUCUUCUUCAUGACUGUAUUCAUGUUUGCUCUAGCUAUACCUUAUGACCACUGGACAAAGAAAGAAAACAGAAUCGGAUUUGUCGUGAUGUACUCGUUAACCUUCUUUUUCGCCAAUUUCGGUCCAAACGCUACCACAUUUGUUGUUCCGGCCGAGAUUUUCCCCGCCAGACUAAGAUCUACCUGUCACGGUAUCUCGGCCGCUGCAGGAAAAGCUGGAGCAAUUGUUGGCGCGUUUGGAUUCUUAUACGCCGCACAAAGUAAGGAUGCAAGUAAAACUGAUGCAGGUUACCCAACUGGUAUUGGUAUUAAGAAUUCCCUCAUUAUGCUUGGAGUUGUUAACUUCUUUGGAAUGGUAUUCACCUUUUUAGUUCCUGAAGCAAAUGGAAAAUCAUUGGAAGAAAUGAGUGGUGAGAAUGAGGAAGAUGGUGCUGAGGCUGUUGAGAUGGCAGGGCCAGGAACUGCUAGGACAGUACCUGUUUAA